CUGGGCUCUGGAUGGCUGCACAGGGGGGUGUUUUGAGACGGGGUGAGGAAAGAUGACCGGGCACAGGAGGGCAGUGGGGCCCAGGGCAGAGCAGGGAUCAGGUGCUGGGCUGGAGCCCAAUGCAGCUACAGGGCACCAACAGGUCCCCUUGGCAGAGCUGGUUACCCUGGCAGGGGGACGCUGGUGGCUGCGGGGUGCGGGGCUCUGUGUGGCCCCAGAGCAGACGGGGUUUGCCUGCAUGGCUGGACCUCCUGUGAGGUUCAGUGGGAGCAGUGGCGGGGCCGUGCCGGGAAUGCUCAAAUCUCCUGAUCCCCACUGCCAGGCCGGGGCCAGAGCCGCUGUCUCCUACCCUGCCAUGGUGGGAUGUGGCCUUAAAUUGUCACCCUGGCCGCGCCGCUCUGGCUGUUCGCACGUCGCAGGCCCCAGGCAGCCGGUGACAGGUGCCGGGGUCAGGCCAUCGAUCCGUCACCGCGGGGCAGAUAUCGGGGCACAAUGGGACGCUGCAGGGGCUGGUGGCCACGUGGGGUCCCUGGCUCGUUGCCACCAGCCCGGGAGCCGCCGUCUGGGCGGCGGGGGCACAGUUCCCGGCUGGACGGCAGCAGCUCAUCCCCGCAGGAGCAGAGCCACCGCCCGAGUCCCGCUGUCGCUUCUGCAGGGCGCCGGGCCCGGCGAGCCCUCAGCUGCUGCUUUCUCUGCCGCAGGAGCCGCGCCGAGCCCGGAGCGUCCCAUGGAGCAGGGCGGAGGGCAGGGGGACACCGGGGGGGCUGCCCCAGCCGAGGGCAGCGCAGCCCCUGCAGCUCCCCAGGCUGCCCAGCCCCAAGCGGGGACAGUGCCAGCCGCCACCGGGGCACAGGACAAAGGCACAGAGGAGCCUGGAGGAGGGAAGACAGAGCCAGAGCAGGAGACAGCUCUGGCUGCUGCAGAGCCCCAGGAUGGACGGGAAGCGGUUCCAGGAGAGGAGGCUUCGGCUGUGCAGUGUGAUGGAGGACAGGCUGCACCUGAUGAAGGGCAGGCAGCAUCCACCGGGGAGAAGGGGCCGGCUGCCACCGAGACCCAGGGUGUAGGGGAGGAUGAGAAAGAUAAGCCUGGGAAGAAGAAAGCUCCAGCUGCAGGAGAGCUCAAAGGAGGAAAGUCUUCAGCUGCUGCAAAGGCGAAGGAUGGAGGGAAGGAUGAGCCCAUGGAGGGGAAGGGCCUGGCUGUAACUGAGGCACAGGAUGGAGGAAAGGACAAGCCCAAGAAGGAGGAAGCACCUGGUGGGUCAGGGGCUGAGAGUCAUGGAAAAGCAGAGUCCACUGAGGAGAAGGCUUUGGCUGCAGCAAACUCUGAAGGAGGGAAGGCAAAACCUAUGGAGGAGACAGCCUUGGCUGCAGCGCAGACUCAGGAUGGAGGCAAAGGAGAGCCUGAAAAGGAGAAAAUCACAGUGGUUGCAAAACAGGAGGUCCCAGACGCUGCUAAAGCUCUGGAUGAAGGGGAGCAAGAUGCAAAGGCAGAGCAAGCCCCAGCUGAUACCAAGCCUGCAAAGGAGAAAACCACAGCUGCUGCAAAGGAAAAGGCCCUGAAUGCUGCAAAGGCUCAGAGUGAGGAGAAUAAAGUGGUAAAGGCAGAAAAAGCCCCAGCAGUCAAAAAAGCUGACGGAGGCAAAGAGGAGCCCAUGAAAGAGAAGGCUCCAGCUCCAGUGAAGGAGAAAGCCCCAGCUUCAGUGAAGGAGAAAGUCAUCAUUCCUGCAAAGGAGAAAGCCCUAGAUGCAGCUAAGGCUCAGGAUAAAGAGAAGGCAGCAGCAAAGGCAGAGAAAACACCAGCUGAAAAAAUGGCUCAAGGUGGAGGCAAAAAAGAGCCUGCAAAGGAGAAGUCUCCAGCAGCUGUGAAGGUGCAGGAUGGAGGGAAGAAAACUGCAAAGGUUGAAAAAUCCACAAUUGCACCAAAGGCUGGGGAUGAAGGGAAAGACCCUAAAAAGGAGAAGGUCCCAGCUACUGCAAAUGCUCCGGACGGAGGGAAGAAAGCUGCAGAGGUGAAGCCUCCCCCACCUGGAGCAGAGGCUGGGGAUGGGGCUGCAGAACCCACGGAGGCAGCGGCCAUGGCUGUUGUGAAGGCUCAGGGUGAAGGGGAGGAAGUGCCCAAGGGGACCGAGGAACAGCCACCAACGAUCCCUGAGCCCCCGCGCCCCACUCUGCUGCAGAGCCUGAGCUGCCCGGCUGCCUGCCACAGGGAGGAGCAGCCCUGGGCAGAGAUGGAGACAAUAGAAGAGGAGACCACGAUGGUGGAGCCAAAAGAGGGUCUGACAGAGCCUGGCUCUGGCCCACCAGCCCCGGGGGACCUGCAGCCCCUGGAACCCUGCAGCCCCAGCACCCCUCAGGACAGGACAUUGCCCAGUGCCACAGGGCAGCCCCCAGAUCCUGCUGGGGUGGCGGAGCAGCCUGGACCUGGGGUGCAACCAUCUUUGACAGAAGCAAACCCACCCCUCAGCCCCUACCUCACUCCUGAUUUUGGGAAGGAAGACCCUUUUGAGAUAUUGGAUGAUGUCCCUCCGCCGCCAGCGCCCUUCGCUCAUCGCACCGUCACCCUGCACUCCGCCAGUGUCAGCUCCCAGUUCAGCCUCAACUCCAAGGACAUCCUGGGGGGGGGCAAGUUUGGUGAAGUUCACACAUGCACAGAGAAGGAAACAGGGCUCAAGCUGGCAGCCAAAGUGAUCCGGAAGCAGGGAGCAAAGGACAAGGAGAUGGUGCUGCUGGAGAUCGACGUGAUGAACCAGCUGAACCACCACAAUCUCAUCCAGCUCUAUGAUGCCAUCGAAACGCCCCGGGAGAUCAUCCUCUUCAUGGAAUUCGUGGAGGGCGGUGAGCUCUUUGAGAGGAUCAUCGACGAUGACUACCACCUGACGGAGGUGGACUGCAUGGUGUUCGUCCGGCAGAUCUGCGAGGGCAUCCGCUUCAUGCACCACAUGUGCGUCCUCCACCUCGACCUCAAGCCUGAGAACAUCCUCUGCGUCUCUGCCACCGGGCACAUGGUGAAGAUCAUCGACUUUGGGCUGGCUCGAAGGUACAAUCCCAAUGAGAAGCUGAAAGUGAACUUUGGCACUCCUGAAUUCCUCUCCCCUGAGGUGGUCAACUACGAGCAGGUCUCCUACUCCACGGACAUGUGGAGCAUGGGCGUCAUCACCUACAUGCUGCUCAGCGGCCUCUCCCCCUUCUUGGGUGACGAUGACACCGAGACACUCAACAACGUCCUGGCUGCCAACUGGUACUUCGAUGAGGAGACCUUUGAGAGUGUCUCCAAUGAGGCCAAGGACUUUGUCUCCAACCUCAUCAUCAAGGAUAAGAGUGCCCGGAUGAGUGCUGACCAGUGCCUGCAGCAUCCCUGGCUCAAUAAUCUGGCAGAAAAGGCCAAACGCUCCAACCGAAGGCUCAAGUCCCAAGUGCUGCUCAAGAAAUACGUCAUGAGGCGGCGCUGGAAGAAAAAUUUCAUCGGGGUGUGUGCUGCCAACCGCUUCAGGAAGAUCACCAGCUCGGGGUCCCUAACAGCGCUGGGCAUCUGAGCUGUACUCCCAGGGGAGCCGAGGCCAGAAAGGAACCACUGGAGAGGGACCCCCACCGUUCUGGAGCAGCUCUGUGGAGCGGAUCCCACUGCACUCAGGACCGCAUCACCGCUGGGGGUGCUCGCAGUGGCCCUGAGGCUCCCGAGGCUCCAGCCCUCCUCACUCUCACCGAGGCAAUGCUCCUGUCGGGGUUUCCUCAGACUGCGAGGCUGCUCCGGAGUGGAGGUUUCUGAUCUCAUCUCUGGCCCUGGCCUGGCUGCGUGAUGCCCGACCUGCAGCAUCUGUGCUCUGCUCACGCUUCCUUCCCGUGCCCUCGGCGGAGGAAGGCCAUUCCGGUGUGAUCCCGCUGCCUCAGCCGCCCGGUGCUUGCUGCUUUUGGACUCAAAAUGAGCACUCUCUGCCUGUAAAUGCCGCAGCCCCGCCUGCCUUCACUGCCGCUGGCCCCUGCACUGCCCGACUUCCCUUCCCAACCCUGUGGCUCGGCGAUGGUGCUGGAGGGCACCGCGGACCCUCACCCUGGUGCUUCGGCACCGGAGCCGGGGCUCAGGCACCUCCUCCUGGCCAGCUGGGCAUGUGGGAGCGGAGCUGGCUCCGAGCUGCUGCUCGCACAGGAAGGGAGGAAGCAGCACGCACGCUUCCAGCGGCGUCCCCAGCUGGGAGCCAACGAGGAAAGAAGGAGGCUUUGUGUUCCUCCUGCCCUCCCUGCCCUUCGGUUCUGCCAGCGGGGGAAAAACACAACCUCUGCUUCACCCGUCCUCGGCAGCUCGCGAUGAGCGAGGCGGGCUAAUGCAGAGCAGCUGGCCCGCGCUCCCCGCUCCGGCCGGCACCGCUCACCCGACCACCAACACAGCGGAACUGCCCCGCCCCGCCCGGGGGCUCCGCGGGACCUGCUGGGACUGAGGAGAGGGAUGCUGCUCCAGCUCCCCUGCCUUGUCCCAAUCCCCGUCCUCUCUGCUUGCACCCCUUGGGCCUCCGCGGUGCUGCCAGAGGAUGGGCAUCCCCUGGGAUGUGCAGCAUCCAGCCUUGCCCACUGCAGGAAGGGAUGGGGGAUUGGCAAGAAGUCCCCCAGCUUUGGCUUUUGCCACGGCUGAGCCCCUCAAGCCAAGGCUGUGUGUUUGCUCUGGAGCUGCCUCUGCCCUCUGUGCCUGCUGGAAAAACACUGGGAAGAGACACAGGGAGACAUUGCCCCUCACCCCCACACUGGCUGCAGCAGGGGAAGGGGCUUCAGGCUUGUGCCCACUGGGCAGGAGGCAUGACUGCUGGGACCCUGCCUCAUAAUGGAGCCCUCCAAAGCACUCGCUUUCUUGUAAAUAAAUGUACA